AUUAAAAAUAAUACUAAUAUAUACUAAAUAUUAUGCAUGUUAUAUCACUAUAUUUAUAUUUUAAAGUACUUUCAUGUAAUGCUAAUUUCAUAUUCGUUAAAAUAUAGAUAUUAUAAUUCAAGAUGGAGGAGUACAACCAAACAGUAGAGGAUCCACUUCCUCUUUAUUUAUGCCAAGUUAUUUUAGAACCAUGCUCCACACAAGACACGCACACAUGCAUUGACAUGUGCUAAUUUUGUUUCGUGUGGAAAGGCAUGGAGGCCGGUUCCCCACAAUGUCCAAUCGCUGCCAACUCUGCGAGAGAGAAGGGGGAGGAAUGGAAGCUUGUGCAUGGCCUAAACACACACUUUGACACUUGACUUUGUGUUGGAAUCCAUUGAUUAGCCGCUCAAUGCAGCAUCCCCAAUGCAGAGGUCUCCCCUCUACUCCUAGCUCUUUGCAAAACCCAAUGUCCACCAUUUACUUCAAUUUCUCAGUCUUCCUUGCUCAUGUCUCCCUUGCCCUUCUCUCAACUUGGGUCAACUUCAUUAAAUUUCUCCUUUGGUAUGUGCAAAGGCUUUGAAGGUGUAGGCCUGGUGCAAACAUUGCAAAGUCAAAAUGUACGGUACGAUGCAUCGAGUUACUGACAUGGUAAAUCUUCCCGAUUCCCGUGUAAAUAAACUACUAUUUCAUUCGUUUCAUUUAUAAGAUGUUUUAAUUUUGUUAUGGGUCAAACUUGCUUAACUUUGACAUAGUUUAUUGAAAAAAAUAGGUUAGAAAACUUAAAUUCAGGAAAAAAAAAUAGGUGAGAUAUCCUAGUAUAACCAUCUUGGUUUGGUUAAGACAUGCCUUAGAAUAGACGAGUCGGUCGAAACGGUCAGAAUCGGUAGCAUCUCUUUAGAAACGACGCUCAAUCGACCUGUAAUUGACCGUAUUUAUCAUUUAAACUAUUCAUUGUCAACAUUAAUACAAUGCAAAAAGAAAUUAGAUUUUUUUUUAUAAAUAGUCAAAAAUGGUACGCCAGUCUAUCGGGAAUUUAUGUGACCGUUUUCACCCCUAUUCAAGUGCAUGGGCACUUGAGUUGUAAAAUUGACUUGAUCGAGAUACCAACGUAUAUACAAUUUACACAUCGAAUUGCCGGGAAAUUGGACUUUGAGAUCAUUUUAGCUCCCCAAGGCGAUCCACACGUACUCUACCACAAAACUUUGGUUGUUUUUGCUAUCAUCUCAAGGCCACUGCAGCAUGCGCAUUGCGCACGUACGAGAUGCUACUCUUUCCAAGGAACCGAUGUCUCUCUCUCUCUCCAGCCUCCAUUGCUUAUAAAUAUGUUCCUCCUUCCUAUACUGGUAAUGGCAGCAAAGCAAAGAAACAAAGAAGAAGAAGAAAGAAGAAGCAGCAGCAAAAAAGUUGAUCAGUUAAUUAGCAAGUGUGUUCUUCUUUCUUUUGGUGAGAGAGAGAGAGAGAGAGAGAGAGAGAGAGAGAGAGAGAGAGAGAGAGAGAGAGAUCUCAGAAUGGUGAAUCCAGGAAGAACAGCUAGGGCACUCUGCCUCCUAUGCCUUGCUCUCCUCCUGCUAGGUCAAGAUACCCAUUCCAGGAAGCUCCUGUUGCAGGAGAAGCACAGCCAUGGCGUCGGCAACGGCACAACCACCACCCAGGUCAGCAGAUUAGAACCAAGCAGAGAGAAUGGAGGAAGUACAGGUUCCAAUAACAAUGGGCAGCUGCAGUUUGAUUCAGCCAAAUGGGAAGAAUUCCACACGGAUUAUAUCUACACCCAAGAUGUCAAAAAGCCAUAAUGGCUGUUCAUUUAUGAUUUGAACUAGUACUAGUAGCUUAUACCUUCUGCGCGUCUUUUGUUCGUUUGGAGAGGGGAUUUUCUUGGGAUUUAGCAUAUGAACUAAUUAAAUUAAAUCCCAGGCAAAUCCCACUCAGCCCAUUUUGUGCAGAAGUUGUCAGUGUUGCACUGUAUAAUUAUUUAGUCAUACACAACUACUCCUGGUAACUACUCCUAUCUUCGAUGAAUUUUCUGGUUUUGCCAGACGUGACAAUAGUCCAGUAGCAUGCAGUACCCUCUCAGAAUCCCUGUAAUUUAGCAAAAAAAAAAGGAAGAAAAGAAAAGAAGCUUCCCUACUA